GAGCCCAUACCCUCCCGCUGUCUUCUCCUGCGAGUGCCGUUGCUGCUCCCCUUCCACUUCCACUUCCACCGCGCCGUGGUUUCCACUCCUUCAUCCUCCUCCACCGCCACCAAUCCCAACCCUAAUCCGCGCUCAACAAACCCUAGCUCUGAGAUCCACCCACUUCCUACGCAUGCCGCGCUUCCUCCGGUGGCUGCACCGGCCGAGCUAAGCCAGACAGCCGGUCCCCACUCACCGCCGCGGCCGCCGUUGCAGCUGCAGCCGUCGCCAUGGGCUGCGUCUGCGGCCGCCCCUCCUCCGCCUUCGACGACGGCCAGUGCCGCACAACGCCUCCGCCGGCCGCGAAGCUCUCGGCGGCAGUGAGGAGGGAGGAGGAGGCGCGGAAGCAGCAGCAUGCCAGGGCGGGUAGCGGGAGGGAGGAGGCGCUGGAGAGGAGGCGGGCGAUGAUGGCGAUGGCGGCGGCGUGCCAGGUCAGGAGCCCGGUGCCCAGGGUAGUGGAGGGGGAGCAGGUGGCCGCAGGGUGGCCGCCGUGGCUCGUCGCCGUUGCCCCGGAGGCCGUGCGCGGAUGGGUGCCGCGCCGCGCCGAAUCGUUCGAGAAGCUCGACAAGAUUGGUCAGGGUACAUACAGUAAUGUUUACAGAGCUCGUGAUCUCGAAAAAGAGAAGAUUGUUGCUUUGAAGAAAGUACGAUUUGAUAAUUUGGAACCUGAGAGCGUGAAAUUUAUGGCGAGGGAAAUCCUCAUUUUGCGUCGGCUUGAUCAUCCAAAUGUUAUCAAGCUAGAAGGUCUUGUAACAUCAAGGAUGUCCUGCAGCUUAUAUCUUGUUUUUGAGUACAUGGAGCAUGACCUAGCUGGACUGGCUUCUUUCCCUGGAGUAAAGUUUACUGAAUCCCAGGUGAAGUGUUACAUGCAACAGCUCCUCCGUGGUCUUGAGCAUUGCCACAGUCGUCACAUUCUGCACCGUGACAUCAAGGGUUCCAAUCUUUUGAUUGACAACCGAGGCAUAUUGAAGAUUGCAGAUUUUGGAUUAGCAAGUUUCUUUGAUCCAGAACAACGGCACCCUUUGACUAGUCGUGUUGUCACGUUAUGGUAUAGGCCACCAGAACUUUUGCUUGGUGCUACUAAUUAUGGUGUUGCUGUAGAUCUCUGGAGUGCUGGCUGCAUUCUUGCUGAGCUAUAUGCUGGCAAGCCUAUCAUGCCUGGUAGAACAGAGGUUGAGCAGUUGCAUAAAAUAUUUAAACUCUGUGGUUCGCCGUCAGAGGACUAUUGGAGGAAAUCUAAACUUCCUCAUGCCACCAUUUUCAAACCGCAACACCCGUAUGCCAGGCGUGUAUCAGAAACAUUUAAAGAGUUUCCUACUCCUGCUCUGGCAUUAGUAGAUGUUCUUCUUUCUGUAGACCCAGCAGAUCGUGGAACUGCAUCUUCUGCAUUGCAAAGUGAGUUUUUUACAACAAAACCAUAUGCUUGCAAUCCUUCAAGCUUGCCAAGGUAUCCCCCAAGCAAAGAGUUUGAUGCAAAACGUCGGGAGGAGGAAGCUAGAAGGCAAGGUGCUGCUGGAGGAAAGCAACAUAAACAUGAGCCUGAGAGGCGAACUAGAGAAUCAAGAGCAGUUCCUGCCCCUGAUGCAAAUGCAGAAUUAGUGUCAUCGUUGCAGAAAAGGCAAGCUCAAGCUAAUACCAGGAGCAGGAGUGAGAUGUUUAAUCCCGGCAAAGAAGACUCCGCCUCUGGAUUUCGAAUUGAACCACCCAGGCCAACUCCUGUUACUGAGUCUUCUGAAGAUUCACAACGUGCCUACCCGACCAGACUCUUCCAUUCUGGGCCUUUAGUUAAUCAGAAUCACCCAUCAACGGGUGGAGGUGUCAAAAAUGGCGAACUUAAGGUACCUGGUGCUGCGAAUCAACCUGUGGCUGUGUCAACAAGAUCAGGUCUCCGAACGGACGGUAGCAGCCGGACAAUGGUUGUUCAAGCUGAAGCAUUUGCUCAUGGGCGGAGGCUGUCUGAGUCCAUUAACGAGCACUUCAGUAAUAGUGGGAAAUACGAUCAAGUGUUCCCAAAGAAGGAUGACCGGAGCAGCAGGGUUGAUGGAGCUAUUGGCCACGGAUCGAAGGGCAACAAGAUCCACCAUUCUGGGCCCCUGACCUGCCCUUCAGGCAACGUCGAUGAGAUGCUGAAGGAGAACGACCGGCAAAUACAAGAAGUCUUUCGGCGAACCCGGGUGGAGAAGUCUAGAGCGAGAAGGGACCAUGGACAUCACCAGGGUGGCUUAAGACCUGCUGAUUUUGGUGCCAUCCCGGUGUUCCCUUCCAGCCGCUCCAGCUACCAGGCUGUGCAGCAGUAAACACACCGCUUGAGCAGGUAAAGCUGAAGAUCCGGUUGAGCUGUAGUGGGAGAUGUUGGAUCCACUCCAUUCCCCUGCUGUUUCAGGGGUGAUAAAUAGCAAGUGCUAUGCUAUGUACAGGGAGGAAGGAUUAGCUGUGUAGUGCCUGCCUAUUAGAGAAACUUAGGAGAGAACGGGGGAGGUGAUUUGUUCAUUGGCGGCAAUUCGAGCGUGUCAAUGACGAAAGUCGGUGUAUCUCAUCAGGUUGUGGGGGUGUCUCCUUUUUGAAAUGCUGCUGAAUGGAAGAUUGCCAUUGGCAGGUGUAUUUCAGCUCACCAAGUCUCAAACCCAAUGUAUGAGAGACGAAAUUUGGCACCAGAGGUU